AUGGUAGACUAUCUACACCGGAGUACUGUAACACAACCAGGUAAUUUUAAUAUAAAAAUAUUUUACCCGUACGAACAAGAUGUUACAUAUCAUUAUCAAUAUGAAUUUCAAAUAAAUCUCAAUGAUAACACAAAUCAAAGUACUUCUACAGGAAGAAGUGUUGGUUAUAAAGUUACAGCAAAUGCAUUAAUAUCAAAUGUGUGGCAGAGCAAUGAAAAUCCUGAAGAACUUCUACUUAAAUUAGAGAUUAAUAAACCCAAGCUUCAUGUUUCAACAAUACAUUCAACACCAAUGAAACUUCAGUCUCACAUGUCUAAAUUGGACCAAAUGUCGGAUAAACCUAUUUAUAUACAUUGGAUUUCUGGACAUAUUAAAUCUAUAUAUGGAUCUGUUGAAACUGUUUCUAUUUCUAAUUUAAAAAAAGGAAUUGCUAGUCUUUUUCAAAUUCAACUAAAGUCAAAGAAUUCUACAGAGUUAGAUGCUUCUGGAUACUGUACUGUAUUGUACUAUCCACAGAAAAAUCAUGUAAAAAAAGUUAAAAAAAAUUGCCAGCAUUCUACAAAAACAAAACAAUUUCGACAUCCAAAUCAGAUUCAAAACCUAGCAUUACAACAUGAUAAUGAGAUUGUAUAUGAAUUAGUUAAAAAUUAUUAUGUUGUGAAAACAGCUCUUGGAAAUGAAAAAGUGAAAAUAUAUUUAAAUGUCUGGAAAAAUACAUCAGUAAUUAUAUUAUCGCAAUCAAAGCUUACUCUUAAACAAGAAAUACAAAAUAACAACAAAGUGAAAGCUUUCAAUGUAGAUAAAGCAAUAUAUCUUUUAUCAAAAGCCGCUCAUACUCAAUUUAUUAAAGACACAUUACUUACGGAACCUGAUAAUCAAAUCUGCAUAGAAAACUGUAAAUCUUUACAAAAUGUUCUCAAAGAAUAUCAACAUUAUUUAAUACAAGAUAAUUUAGCUUCACUUAAAUCAACAGUUGCAUUUUUAAAAGUUCUUGAACAAUUUCGAUCUGUUUCUACUAAAGAUAUAACAGAUGCAUUAAAAAAUCCUAAAUAUAAACAAAUACUACCUCAGCUUAUUGAUGUUUUAGCAGCAAGCCAAAUAGAGCAGUCAGUCAAAAUUGCUAGAGAUACAAUGAGCUAUUUUAAAGAAGAAGAUUUACCAGAAAGAUUUUUACUUAGUCUUUCAACUGCAUCCCAUCCAAGUCAUAAUUUAUUGAAUGAUCUCUUGGAAUUUUCAAAAAUUAAAUUUAAAAAUGAUAAAUUAACAACUUCAGCAUUAAUGGCACUGGGUGCACUAACAAAAUCAUUUUGUAAAAUGCACAAAAAUAAUGGAGAUAAGCUAGUACAAGAAAUUCAAGAUUUUCUUACAAAGAAAUUACAAGAAUGCGAUGAUGAAAAUUGUGCAUUGAUGUAUCUCCAUGCUUUAAAAAAUGCAGCACUGCCAAAUACUAUACCAAUUCUUUUGAGAUAUGUUAUGAGAAAUAGUAAAGCUUCUUCAGUAGCCAUGAUGGCUAUUAAAGCUGCUGCUGAAGAUCACAUUUUGAAUGAUGAAAAUAAGUUGUUGCUAAAGAAAAUCUAUCAUCAGUUAUGGAAAUACCAAGACAGCACAACUCGCAUCAUUGCUGCUGAACUUCUUAUUAAAGGGAACACAGGAAAGAGUGAUUUAGAGGAAUUACUUUUAUCUUUAGCAAAUCAAGAUAAUCCUGAAUUAUCUACAUUUAUUCAUGCAAAAUUAGAAGAAAUUAGGGAAAAUAAUCAUACUUUAAGAAAUUUAUUGAAUGAAAUUUUGAAGAAUUCUACAAUAAAUAAUUAUUAUAAUAUUGCACAGAAAGGAUCAUCUGCAGCUUUUAAAAGACUAAUUGCAGUUGGGGAUACAGCAAAUUUUACAUUUGGCGUCAAUAUGGAAAUGAUACCGGGAGGUAUGUUAAAGAGAAGUACAUUUGAUUUAAUUUUAAGCACUUAUGAAGAAGAAUUAAAACUUCUCAGUAUUGGAUUAUUUACUAAUGGAUUUGGAAGUAAUUCUGAUGAUAAUGCAGAUAUUCCAGUAGAAGAUGAAACAGCCGGAAUGGAACUAAAUAUAUUUGGAGUCAAUCUUCGUCCUUUCACAUUUUUUACUGGUAGAGGAGAAUUAAUGUCACACGUAUGGUCUGGCACUGCAAGUGAACAGACUCCUAUAAUUCAGGGAAAUUAUUUAUUUAUGGAUUCAUCUGAAUUAUUUGGUCUUCAGAAUGGAUUAUUAAUUGAUAUAAAUUUAAAAGGAGUUCUUUCACUUGAUUUAUCAGGUUCUAUUCAGAUCUCAUUAUGGAAUAAGAAUGCUCAUUCAGUACUUUUAGUCAACGCAUCUGUCUUGAUGAUUCAGUCAGUUCAAGUGGAUACAUCUUACGCCAAAAGUCGUAUAGAUUAUACAAUGGGAGGAGAAUCUUUAUUAGAUAUUACAACUAAUUUAGAUUUUUAUGAAAAACCAUCAAAAUUAUGCAUUCAAGUUCAACAACCGCAUUCUACUUUCAGGCAAAACGUCCGGAAGAUGGAGAGCGUACCGGGCAGUCAACAUCUCAUAAGAACAUUAAGAAAGAAGAUAUUUUACAUUCCUGGAAAAUCAUUUGCAUUGCACAAAAAGAAUUAUUUAGCAUGUGCAGCUAUGUUAGAGUCUUAA